UCCAGUAUUCUGAUUCGGAUGAAGAAUGAAUAGCUUAAAAUCGAACAUGUAAAGCGAAAUGGCCGAAAUGACGCCUUUAAUGGUUCUGAUUCUAGUGGGAAUACGAGGGUCUAUGGCAGCGUUCCACUUUCUGAAGUAUUUCUACACAGCAUCUUCAGGAAUACCAAACUUCCCAUCAUAUGUGUCUGUUGGAUUUGUGGAUGAAGUUCAGAUAAGUUACUGUGACAGCAACAUCAACAAAAACAUCCCUAAACAGGAAUGGAUGAAUAAAGUGAGUUCAGAACAUUUGAACUACUGGAAGGAAGAAACACAGACAUGUCGGGAUAAACAGCAAACCUUCAAAACAAGCCUUGAGAUUGCAAAACAACGCUUCAACCAGACUGGAGAAGCGCACAUAUAUCAGCAAAUGUACAGCUGUGAUUGGGAUGAUGAGACUGGAGAAGCCAGAGGUUAUGAUCAGUUUGGUUAUGAUGGAGAAGAUUUAAUCACACUGGACCCAAAUACACAACAAUGGAUCGCUCCAAAACCACAAGCUGUCAUCACCACAAACAGAUGGAACAAUGAUAGAGCUAUUAAAGACCUUGAGAAGUUUUACUUAACUGAAACAUGCGUAGAGUGGCUGAAGAAAUAUGUGAACUAUGGGCAGAGCUCACUGAUGAGAACAGUGCGUCCCUCGGUGUCUCUCCACCAGAAGUCUUCCUCCUCUCCAGUCAGAUGCUUCGCUACAGGUUUCUACCCCAACAGAGCUGAAAUGUUCUGGAGGAAAGACGGAGAGGAGAUUCAUGAGGGUGUGGAGAAAGGAGAGAUCGUCCCUAACAAUGAUGGAACCUACCAGAUGAGUGUUCACAUCGAUCUGUCAUCUGUUCCAACUGAAGACUGGAGUAAAUAUGAAUGUGUGUUUCAGCUCUCUGGAGUCAAUGAAGACAUGACCCAUAGACUGGAGAAAACAAGAAUCUUGACCAAUGAAUCAAAUACCAACAUUUUGAUCAUCCCUGUUGUUGUUGUUGUGGCUGUUCUUGGUCUCUUUGCUGUGAUUGGUUUCAUUGCUGUGAUUGGGUUCAUUCUUUACAAGAAGAAAAAUGCCAAGCGUCCACCUCCUCCUGUGGAGUACCAUCGAUCACCAGAGGAGACCAUAUUUCUUUCACAAGCAUGAAAAAAAAAAAAAAGGUCAACACCAAGAAAUUCAUCAAUAAAGUUUCCACUGACACAAGAAACUGCACCACUUUCUCUGUGUUGCUGAAAUGUUAGUGAUGUCAACUUUAAACAGAUGUCUUAUGAAUCCAGUGUUAAACUGUGGAAGAUUAACACUAAAUGGUUUAAAUGCCUGUGAUGGACUGAUGACCUUUCCAGGGUGACUCCGCCUGUUGACGGCUGGAGAUGGGCACCAGCGACCUCACAAGGGAUAAGGGUGUUGAAUAAUGGAUGGAUGGUUCAAAUGCUGUUGAGUUAAACAGUAGUGACUUUGAC